AUGGCACUGCUGACUAUUGGUGUUGAUCUAGGUGAGGAGCUCUCUUCUGUUGCUGUGUUUCGGAAUGGAAGAGUGGACAUCAUCCAAGACUCACAGGGACGCAAAAAAUUUCCUAUCGCCGAUUUUCUUCGAAGUGAAGGUAACAGGCCGAGGCAAAAUCGGGGGUCCAGCCUGGAUAACGCGGAAAAUUCGUCACCUCUUAUCCAUCAGGACCGCAUUACGACCAUUCUGCGUAAGAUCAGAUCUCUGGCUGAGUCAUAUCUACACGAGCCUGUUGAGCAUGCCGUCAUUACUGUCCCCGUAUCAUACGGGGACCUCGAACGCCAGACGACGAGAGAUGCGGCUCGCCGGGCUGGACUGACUGUCCUCCGGCUGUUGAAUACACCAACCGCGGCUGGUAUAGCACACUGGGUUGAUCGCCCCAGAAACAGUCUCAUGUUGGUCCUAGAUGCUGCUGCGAGCCGAGCAGAUGCCACCCUUCUCGAGGUCUCUGAUGGCUUGUUCGAAAUCAAAUGCAGCGGUAGUGACGCUUGGCUGGAUAGAAGGAGCUAUGACUUGAGAUUGCUCGAGCAUUUCAAACCUGAAAUGCGCGGAAGGAAUCAUGACCCCGCUUUCGAGGCCUGUGAACUUUUGGAGGCAUCACCGUCUGUACCUGAGUCAGUCAGCCAUGAUUCAUUCAAUAAUAUGGAUUAUUUCGACAAUAUGUGCAGUGAUAUCGCCAAAUCAAUAAAGGCACUCAUCAGUCAAGUCUUGAAAGAUGGCAAUCUGGAGAUAUCUGAUGUGCAGGAAGUGGUCCUGGUGGGCGACUCAGAACUAUUGCCACGGUUCCACGGAAUUAUAGUGCAAAUUUUCGACCAUUCGCCAGGCGGAAUCUGGUGUCCUCAUAUGGCUUGUGCGCGGGGUGCGGCCUUACAAGCCGCGUCUCUGUUUAGCCCUUCCUUCUGUUAUGAUCUCCUUGUUCUGGACAUCGUUCCCAGCGCUACAUAUCUAGAGCUACAUGCCGGGUGUCUGGUCCAGAUAUGGCCACGCAACGCAGUGCUCACUCGCCAAUCAACGAUCCGCAUGGCGGUCCCGUCUCAUCUCAGUUUGCCACGAAACCUGAAACUCCUUGAGGGGCAGUUCGGUAGGCGCAAAGUUGUUGGCGCUUUUGAUCUUACACCUCUAUGCACGUUGGUUGCGCCAGGUAGAGGGCUGGAAAUAGAACUCAUCGCUGCUGUUGACCUUGACGGAGUUUUGGAUGCAUCCCUAGUCUGCGCCGAUUCGGACACGCAUAGUGAAACUACGAUUAUUCUCAAAAAACCUCCUUUUCCCGGGCUCGAAAGUCAGCAUCCUCAAAGAACGCAAACAGGUACCGAUAAUGGGCGACCAAAGGGCUCCGUCAGUUCUUAUGUGACUUCUCUGAAAUCUCUAUCUAGGACCCUCAUGCCACAACAGCAGAAGAUAUUGGAAAAUGUCGUCGCUCAAGUGGAGAAUCAAAUGCGUGACCGGCAGGAUAGGAAUAAAGUGGAAGAUCAAUUGGCUCUAGAACAAAUGAUUCGGUACGGUGUAAAGCAAAGAUGCCAAUGA